AUGAGGGAGCUAAUGAAGUCCCCUAUAUCUAAGACCUAUACUAUCAGGAGCAAUUUCAGCGGGAGAGUAAACGAGUUCAAGAAGAAAUCAAACUUGGAUGAUAUUCUGAAAUAUGUGCAUACUUAUAUUGAAUCAAAUUGUAUGAAGAUGGAGAGAUGCUACUCUAGGGCUAGGGCUAGGGCUAGGGCUAGGGCUAGGGCUAGGGGUAGGGGUAGGGCUAGGUCUAGGGCUAGGGCUAGGUCUAGGGCUAGGUCUAGGUCUAGGGCUAGGGUUAGGGCUAGGGCUAGGGCUAGGGCUGGGGCCAGGGCUGGGGCUGGUGCUAGGACUGGGGCUAGGGCUAGAGCUAGGGCUGGGGCUGGGGCUGGGGCUAGGGAUGGGGCUGGGGCUAGGGCUGAGGCUAGGGCUGGGGCUGGGGCUAAGUCUCGGGCUAGGGCUAGGGCUGGGGCUGGGGCUAGGGCUAGGGCUAGGGCAUUGUAG